AUGACGAAAGAUUUAGGGUCAAAAACAGAGGUGGAGGAUCUCAAAGAUUCGCCCCGGCGUGAUCCUCUUCUAGAACUGUUUCCAAUUCUCCAGGAUAAAACCCCCGAAGAGUUGGAACAACUCAAUCGUUCUGUGGUACGAAAGCUGGACUGGCAAUUUCUGCCUUGCAUUACAAUGAUUCUUCUUAUGAGCUAUCUUGAUCGUAUCAAUGUCUCCAAUGCCCGUCUUGCCGGCAUGCAAAGUGACCUCCACAUGUCAGAUACUGUGUGGUCUGCGGGAAUCUCUCUUUUCUACGUUGGCUAUAUCAUUUCACAGGUGCCAGCAAAUGUUAUCAUCGCGAAGGGGAAGCCAAGUAUUCUCUUCCCCUGCAUCGCGCUAGUCUGGUCCGCGGUCACUAUCUGUAUGCCGGCUCUGACCACCGGCUGGGGAUUUUGUCUCUGUCGCUUCUUGGUUGGUGUGGCUGAGGGUCCUUUCGUCCCGGCCGUUUCCCUGCUCACCUCAUCAUGGUAUACCAAGCAAGAAUCACCCUUGCGGAUGGGAAUCUGGCACGCGGGUAAUAUUAUCUCGAACGUUUUUUCUGGCCUUCUCGCCGCAGCCAUUCUCACAAACAUGGAUGGAAUAGCGAAACUUCGGGCCUGGCAGUGGUUCAUCCUUCUGGAGGGGAUCGUGAGUAUCAUGGUCGCGUUGAGUGGCUUUUGGUUCAUCCCAAACUUUCCCAACAACACUGGUCGCCGGUGGUUCACUGAGGAAGAAACCGCCAUGGCACAAUAUCGACAAGUGGUUUCAGGGGGUGGAACCCGGGAAGAUGAGGAAGGAGAUUACUGGGGCGGAGUGCUGCUCGCAGUUAAAGAUCCUUUUACGUGGUGCUUCGCUGGUAUCCAUUUUUCGCUUAUCAUUGCCCAGUCGUUCAAAGAUUUCUUUCCAUCGAUCGUUGAGACUCUCAACUUCUCCGAAGUUGUGACCUAUCUUGUACAGGCCCCACCGUAUGUGAUUGCCUAUAUCACCACGCUCGUCGUUUCCUGGUCAUCUGGAAAGACUGGGGACCAUUGUUGGCAUAUUGUCGCACCAAUACUCGUCUCUCUAGUGGGAGCGGUUCUCAUGAUAUCAACAUUGGACCGGGGUGCUCGAUAUUUCAGCUUGAUCUUACUGUGCACGGGGCCGUUCGUUGGUUUGAAUAUCCAAAUAUCCUGGGAAACCACUGUUGUACCACGUCCACGGACGAAACGAGCAGCUUUGAUAGCCAUCGCCAACUGCGUGUCCUCUGUGUCUCACUGGUUCACGCCGUAUUUCUUCCUUCGGUCCCAAGAACCACGAUACCAAACAGGCGGAGGUAUUAUUAUUGCCGGAUGUGGACUGUCCGUGAUCUGCUGUUUGAUCACUCGGUGGUGGUGUAUGAGGAAGAAUAAAAAACUGGACGAGGCCGAGGCUGAAAGUGGAGAUGUCACUGAAUGGCGGUACGCGACUUAA